UCGCCCCCAGCUAGUUAGCUAGCUAGCAGCUAACUAGCUAGCCUCGAUUAACGUUAUCGGCUACCUUGUUUAGCUACCAAGAUUAGCUUUUGGCUGUUAGCAAACACGCGAUAUUUCUUUAGUAUUUAGAGUGCGUUUAUGAAUAGGCUAUGUGGAGUUUGUUAUAAAUAACUGUUUACGCAUAGGAGAUAGAGUAAGUUAGAGCGGCGUUACAUCGCCAGGACGUCACGCAAAUGGUUUAUUUUGAAACUCGUUCAAAUAUUCAAAAUCUGUAGUCUCACGUGACCAUUUUGCACUUUCCCUCGACAUCUUUUACCCAGAUAUUUGCGUUGGGAUGGCAGCCUCGUUACCCCAGAAGGCGGGUGGGAUGGCAGGGAUGCCCCCUCAGCAGCAGCCCCACCCGCCCCCCGGUGCUGCCUCGGCCGCAGGUCAGCAGCCCCCCCAGGGAGCCCUGAGAGAGAUCUCCCCGGUGUUCCUCUGUCGGAUUGGACAGGAGACUGUCCAGGACAUUGUCACGCGCACUAUGGAGAUCUUUCAGAUCACAAGAGCCACACAGCUUCCCAAUGGUGUGACCCAGAGCCAGGCGAUGUACCAGGACCGCUUUGGGAAGCUCCAGGAACACCUACGGCAGCUCGCCCUGCUGUUCAGAAAGCUCCGGCUCCUGUAUGAACGCUGUGUGGAGAUGACCUCUGACCUGCAGGAGGAGUCGUCAGAGCUUCUGCCAUAUGUUGGAGAGGAGCUGGUUACUGUCAAAGUGGAGCCCUGCAGUUCUGCUGUCAACCAGGAGAGAAGAGAGGUUCUAGAGAAGGUACGACAGAAGAACCAAGAGAUGAAGGUCCUGAUGGAUCAGAUGAGGAACCUGCUGUGGGACGUCAACGCCAUGCUGACGCACAGGAAAUGAUAGUCCCACCAGAUCCACUCUCUUUUUUAGAGAGCUGUUCCUCCGCAGACGUAUGGACUGCAUGAAGGCAAAGACAAGUUGAAAUGAGGGGAUUUUCUCUGUGAUUUGGACCACGGGACCUUUCACUUCAUCGCUGAAACUCACUCACAGGUCACAGAACUUCGGCCAUUUAUUAUUUUUUAUAUUGGACUUGUCGGUGGGGAAACUAUUAUUAAGAUGGGAUAAUGAUUUAUGAGCGCUAAAAAAGGGGGCAACCUGAUCCACUUCAACUCCAAGUAUCGUCCUCUUUCUGUACAAGGCAGCUGACAACCCAGUUUAUGUUCGACAAGUGCUCCACAACUGUUAUUGUGUCACUGCGUUUAUUCUAAUAACUCAUGGACUCUUGAAAUAAUGAGUUGAAACCUGUAUUGCCUCAGGUGAAAAUGUUUUUGUACACCGUAUUCAUGGUGUUUUCUCCCCCGGGUGCCAACUCAACACCGGACAGACUUGAAUUGGCAGCAGGUCGUUCUUCCAGAAAGCACAGGCGCUGCUCUGACGACGACUGUGUUGGCCAAUUGGCCUUAUUGUGUUCUGUCAGUUGUAAAGAAUUCAAGUUAGCCCAUUGGCAGCUAUGUAUCUCAGGUGUGUGUGUGUGUGUGUGUGUGUGCGUGUGCGUGUGCGCGUG